UCGGAGGCAGUGGCUAGGAGGAUGGCAGCAAGGACUAUUAAAACAGAAAAAGUAUUCCUUCUGCCCUCGUAUCUAGGAAGGAAGACGACCAGGAUCAGGGUAAAAAGAAUCCCGCCCGACAUAGAAGCUGAAUUGGUAGUGGCAGCCAUCCUCAUUGACAAUAAGGAUAAGGUGGACAUACUGCAGGCCACGAUUGCGGAUGAAGGCAAGUGGAAAGGAGGAGUAUUGGAAAUGAGCGUCCAGGCGGAAGCUGAAGUCCUGGAGCGCUUAACAGAGGUGAUCACAAUAGGAGACAUUAGUCUGCGUGUAUGGGUGGAGGGCAGAGCUCGUAAAUGUUUUAAAUGCGGCCUGAAAGGCCACAAAAGAGCUAACUGCCCUCCACCAGCAAAGGAACCAUCGAAGGAGCCCGUAAAAGAGAUAGAAGAUACCCGGGAGCCGCAAGAGGAACAGAGAAAGACAGAAGAAAAGAUAGAAGAUAAAUCGAAAACCAGUGGUAAAAGGAAGAAGAGAGAAAGAAAGAAGGCAAGUUAUAAUGAACCCCAACCCACCCCGACGCCACCCACACCCUCUUUGUCCCACCCUUCCCCUGCAGACACAAAGCCUACCCACUCCCUGCCAACAAGAAAACAAAAAAUAGACACACAGAACAACUUACAAAAUCCCCCUCCCGUAACGCAUGCUAUAGGAGUAUUAGAAGACGAGGACCUGUUGGAAAUAUUGAAGGACUUGGGUGAGGUUGAGUUGGGAUGAGGAAGAACAAGUAAGAGAAUUUGAAGAUGAAAAUAAAGAACUGGAAAAGCGGUGCGGGAUGAAAUUAAGAGACUAAGUAUUUUUCAGAAGACUGUAAG